CGAAAUUAAUCCUGGACCCGUUGAGUGACCGUAUCAUCUGUCUAUGUGUGUGUGUGUGUGUGUGUGAUUAGACCGGGUCCUCUGUGUAUAUUAUUAGUGGCGGCCGCGCCAAUAUCGCAUAGUACUUUCCGCAGCGCGCACAACAUCGUCGACUUUUUGCGAGUUUCUAAGUGCGUUUCUAGGUCUCGCCUUCCCGUUUGGGUACAUCUCGCUCCGGUGCAGUUUCGAAGAAGAAAGUCGGUGACUGGUAUUACUAUUGAAGACACGGUUCCUCGCCCACGGUUUACCAUGAAGCCGUUCUUUGUGGUUCUUUUUGUACUUCGUUUCUAUGGAUUAUCUGCUUUUUCUACCGAUGAACCGAAAGUUUAUCAAAUCGAAGAGAACAAACUAAACAUCUUAGAAGUACUUCGAGACGACUACACGGAGGAAUUGCCGGAAGACUUGCUCGUGCCUAACACUAAAGGCGUAACAUAUUAUGACCUCAUCGAAAGAGAUGAUGACAGCAAAGAAGCCGAGGACAAAGAACGUUCCCCCUUGGAGUCCUGGUCAGUGGUGUGGUACAUCGCCUCCUUCGGAGGCUUAAUCGCCUUCUUCCUCGUCGUCUCUUGCUCCGAAUGGUGCUGCAGGAGGAACGCGCGCAGGAACUGCCAAAGAAACAGUACCGAGUCCAACGUGACCGUCGUGUCCGACAAUCCGCCGCCAUCUUACGACCAAUUCGCCCCGCCGCCGUACGAAAGCCUGUGCUACGGCAGAAACGGGGAGAAGAGCGAGUUCGACAUUUAUGUGGUACCCGUCGACGCGAUGGGUACCAUCAUGAACAGGGAGACGGUGGACGACUCACCGCCGUCGUAUGUGAUGGCGAACGAAGGAAGGGUUCCGGCUUACGCCUCUGCAUCACUCCAAGACGUGAUCACAGUGCCCGUGCACACUGCCAGAUCGAAACCCAGUGAUGUUGUAACGUGACUUUGAUGAUGGGUUUUGGAUUAUCAUAAAUGUGCCAAAUUUUGGUAGGGCUGCAGAUAACACAAAAUGACAUAGAUUUAAUGAUUGAUUGAUUGUUUUAUUAGUCAUUUUUAUGGAGAGUAUUUUUAAUCUCCAACAUAGUAAACCUAAAUUUGUAUACUGCAAUCCCUAUAAAUAAUUUAUUGAUAAGCAUAAGAAUAUCAGUAUUUAUUUAUUAAUUUGCGACUGAUUGAACUGUAAAAAUAAUAUUUUUCAGUGUCAUUGCUUAGUCUUAGAUAACCACUGACUGAUACAUGAGCUGUGAAUUGUUAGAUUCAUUGUGUAAAAAUAUUUAUUGUGAUAUUAGCAUUAAGAUUGUAAAUAGUACUUUGUUGAUUAUUAAACAAAUUAUAUAAUA